CUCUGGAAGUCAGGUCUGUGAUAUGCACAGAGUGAAGUUGAGUCACACGGAGGGUGUGGUUACCCAGAUCUCCCUCUCUUCCUCCUUCCUUCCUCCUCUUUCACGCUCUGUCCGUCAGGCUCAGGAGGGCACAGGAGCGUCACCUACACCCAGACCGCACCACCAGGCUGUGAGGAGCUGCAAAGAUGGAGGCCGUGCUCUCACAAUGGGUGCAGCGUUAUCACGACUUCAUGAAAGGAGCAGAUGCCAGGAUAGGUCAUUACCCCCUCAUGCACUCGCCUUUCCUUCCUGGCACCAUUCUCCUGGCCUAUGUCUACUUCGUCCUGUCUUUGGGGCCACGGAUUAUGGCCAAUAGGAAGCCCUUUGACCUGAAGCCUUUGAUGGUGCUGUACAACUUCAGCCUGGUGGGGGUGUCUGCUUAUAUUGUUUAUGAGUUUCUUAUGUCAGGCUGGUUGACUGGAUACACCUGGAAGUGUGACCCCGUGGAUCAGUCGGAUUCGCCAAUGGGCUUGCGGAUGGUACAAGUAGCCUGGCUCUUCCUGUUCUCCAAAUUCAUUGAGCUCCUUGAUACCGUCUUUUUUGUGCUGAGGAAAAAAAAUGGACAGAUUACAUUUCUCCACAUCUUCCAUCACUCUGUCCUGCCCUGGAGCUGGUGGUGGGGUGUUAAGUUUGGUCCAGGUGGUAUGGGAUCCUUCCACGCCAUGAUCAAUUCUCUAGUCCAUGUCAUCAUGUACUUUUACUAUGGGCUCUCUGCUGCCGGGCCACGCUUCCAGAAGUACCUUUGGUGGAAGAAGCACAUGACCGCCAUCCAGCUGAUUCAGUUCGUCCUGGUCUCCAUCCACAUUACUCAGUAUUACUUCAUGUCCACCUGCGACUACCAAUUCCCCAUCUUCAUCCACCUCAUCUGGAUCUACGGCACGGUCUUCUUCAUGCUCUUUUCCAAUUUUUGGUACCAGGCCUACACCAAAGGAAAGCGCCUCCCAAAAUCCAGCAAAGCAAUAUCCAACGGGGAUGUCCACCAAAACGGGAAGUCCAAGAACAGCAAAGCCAAGGAAAACUAAUUCUGAGCUAGACAGGCACGUGCAGUAUCCCCCAAAACUUGGGCACAAAGCGGGUGCUAAGUGGGAAGAUGAUGGCACGUGUUUUCUUUCCAAAUUUGUUUUUGUUUUUUUACCUUUUUCCGAGAGGCCCAGCUGUUUCAUGGCCAGUAAAAACUGCCAAACUGGUUUUCCGACUACACCUGGGGCUUACACCAGCCAAAAUCUAAGUGCCUAAAAAGACUUGUCUGUAUGACGCCAGUGUGUCCGAACUCCUGUGUCCCUCCCGCAGCUCUGGCAACCCACCCUCCACGACGUUCCACUCCUUGAAAGAUUGUGUGUUUGUGCGCAAGAGGACAGCUCACUCCCC